AUGUGGCUAGGCGGGGUUGGCGGAGGCAAAUUGGGUCAACUCCGAGAAAAGGAGCUGCACCGACUGGAUCUUAUCUUUAGUCCCAAUAAAGACUCCCGUGGCUCCCGACUCAUCAUUGGCUUUGGUUUUGUUAUCUACAUGGGCUCUUUUAUCAAGACAACAGGUGGCGCCCUGAGCCGAAUUGCUAUUAGUAGCAUGACAGUCAUCGCCGUUGUCAAAAAUCAUCCGGGAGGAAAUCGUCGGGAAAAGUCACAAAUUAUCACAGAAAAGGCUUCCACGCAAAAAAUGCCACGUGUUUCCCGCACAUCCCAGGAGCAACGCCGCCAAGCUGCUUUAAACCGCAGCAGAGCCCGCUACCAACAAAAUGCGGUGGAAAUAAGAAGCAGGAACUCGCAACACAUCGCCAAUGUACGAGCAAGCAACCCAGACUUACAGGAGGAAAGUCGUGCGCAGAAUUCCGCAGCACGGGCUCAGAGGAGACGCAGCGAAAGGAUUCGCAAUCUAGAGCGCCUUCGGGAUACUGCAGCACAUGCUGAUCGGCGACUGGAUCUUCAAUUCCGUGUUCCAGAGAGGGUUCGGGACAUGGAAGCACGUGCGAACCGUCGGGAGAAUCCAGAAAUACGUUUCGCAGAGCGGAUUCGGGACGCAGAAUCGCAUUUUGAUCGUCGACAGAACCCAGACUAUCGUGCUUCAGAGAGGAUUCGGGACAUGGAAGCACGGGCGACCCGUCGAGGGGACCCCGAGGAGCGGCGACGAGAGCAGUUACAAAACACUGCUGACCAUUCUACACGGAGGGAUAAUCCAGAGCACCGAAUUCCCGAACGGAUUAGGGACAUGGAGGCACACUCGGCCCGCCGAGAGGACCUUGAGGAGCGGCGACGAGAGCAGCGAAUUCGGGACGCCGCAGCGCGAGCUGCUCAUCGCGAGGACUCAGAGGAACGAGCCAGAGAACAGGAAAGGAAUACUGAAGAUCAUCGACAGCGACGAAGGGAUUUUGAGGACAGACAGCAUUGCAACCAGGAGAAAUCCCAUCGCAAGAACACAGGAGCAACGGAUAAACACAUCACAACGCCGGGAAACACGACAACAGCGGAGGAUUCGGGAAGAACAAAUUCGGCAAAUGGCGGAGGAUCGAUUAAUAAACUUCAGGAUGGACCCCCAAAAUCGACUGGACGCCUCCCAAAGGCAGUCGCAACGCAAUAUGGACGCAAGAGCUCAACUUUCGGAGGACGAACUCGAUCAGGAACGAGAACAACAGCGAAAUAG